GUUUUCAAAUUCAACAUUCAACUAACUUCAUACUGUUUACAUCAGGUGUUCAAGAAAGAGAGGAGCGUAUUGACUUCCGGCCAGUUCUUUCACGUCAAGUUUCCUUUACGAAGUAAACUGUCAAAAUGGUUAAUGUACCAAAACAACGUCGUACAUUCUGCAAGAAGUGUAAAGUGCAUAAGUUGCACAAAGUAACACAAUACAAGAAGUCGAAGGAACGCAAGGGUGCCCAAGGACGAAGACGUUACGACAGGAAACAGCAAGGUUUCGGUGGCCAGACCAAACCUAUCUUCAGGAAGAAGGCUAAGACCACCAAGAAAAUCGUACUCCGUAUGGAAUGCACAGAUUGCAAAUAUCGCAAGCAAACCCCCCUGAAGCGUUGCAAACAUUUCGAAUUGGGUGGAGACAAGAAGAGGAAGGGACAAAUGAUCCAGUUCUAAAUGUUUUUUAUGAAAAAAUAAAUCCUUAAAAUACACCCAAAAA